AUGACAGAACACACCGUUUACCAGAGGCUUUUUGGAUUGAUUCUCAUGUUCAGUUUUAUCUCUUUCUCAGGCGGACUUUCACUAAAGGGAAAAAGACUGAACUUUUAUGGAGCAACUGAUACCUACGCAACCCUGACCAGUCCCGUCCCUGGACUCAGUCGACUCACAACAUGCAUUGACCUGGCAUUCACAGAUGACACCCCAAGUAAUUGGAUGGCUUUCUCCUAUCUUACUAAUAACACCUUCUUGGGCAGAGAAGGCAUUGACCUUGGACUUGGGGGAGACCAUCAACAGCUAAUAUUAUACAAGAUGGGCAAGAUCUUUCCUAUCCGUUACCACCUGACUCUAUUGCGCUGGCACACGAUAUGCUUGAUAUGGGAUGGCAUGAAAGGCAGAUUGGAACUCUUCCUGAAUCAAAAAAGGAUACUGGUAAUAAUGGGUCAACCACAAAACCUGGCGCCUAACGGGACUCUGAUUCUAGGACGCUUGCUCGAGAAGGGGGACAGCCAGAUGAGAAGUGCCGUACCAACCUUCAGUGGCAGCUUGUACUACUUUCAACUCUGGGACCGCAUCCUGGAAAAUGAUGAGUUCAUGACAUGUUUGGAUGGAAAUAUAGUUAGUUGGGGAGAAAACGUUUGGCGCGUCAACAAGGUCAUUCCUACCGUUGAUACGAGGCUGCGCUGCUCUGUUUCUGAAGAUACAACUGUGCAAGCAACUCUUUCACAGCGAACAGAUUGGACAACUCCAUCUCAAAUUACUGGCCGGAAGCCUGAAAAGACUGUAUAUUCUACAGUAAUGUCUGAAAGCACGCCUGUAUUGGCAACUGAUUAUACAACCGUAUCCUACUCGAAUACAACGUUUUUUUUCCUGAAAACAGCAACAACACCAGUUUUCCCAAAGACAUCCACAACAGACACCCCUACAUCUGCAGCAGACAUUUUGUCUACAUCAACAGCCAUCGCCCUGCCUACCAAGCAUACCUCCAGUGGCCCAACUACUAAAUCCAUAAAAAUAACUAACUCCCCAACAAAAAUGGCUGAAACCAUUGUUACUGAGAACUUUUGUCCAACUACGACUAAUUUCCUACACACAUCGAGAUUUACCAAACAUUCGAUCACAUCCAAACCUUCAGUGACUAGAUCUCAGUCAGCUGCUGUGAAGACAACAUCGUUAUUCUCAUCUAAGGAGACAUCUUCCAAGUCUACAACAUCUUGGCCCAAACACAAAUCCACAGAUACUGGAGCACUCCCUGUCGCCACCACUAUCCAGGAGUUUCUUGCAUCUACGGCUGCUGGAACUGUAUGUUGUUCUACGGUGGAACAGACUUCAGCUACAACUACUCACAUUGGGACAUCACCAGCAGCAGCAUCUGAUCUUGUGCUCACCUCGACAGCUCCGGGAGAUUCUCUGUUUCCUGGAAAUCACACGAUAUCUACACUGACAACAACGGAUAAUAAAGUAACAUUUACAGUUCAUCCAAGGACACUCCCAUCUGGGCCUAUUGAGAUGACACCUGCAUUAAAAACAGCUGAAACAGAACCAACAUCUGUAAAUUUCCAGGAUGUCUCUUCACACAGAGUGGAGGAUACAGUAUCUACUUUCAUGCCGGAGGAGACCUCCUCUGUGUCCCUUUCUUUCAGUACCUCCUCCCCAUUUGUCGGAACUCAGAGUGUACAGACAGUGACUCAUGCUCACAUUGCAACUACACGUGUAGCCUUUGCUCCUGGACUCACACUUGCACCUACAGUGGCUGAAACUACGCUUUCUCUCACAAUCACUGGGCCAGUAUCUACUCAAAGUACACCUACAGGUGAUGAAAACAUGCUUCCUUUGCUUUCCACUAGACCAGCUUCCAUAUCCAAGGUAGCUGACUCAGGCUCCACAUCAAUAACUGAAAAUGUUGCCCAUCUAUUCUCCCCCAGUGAGAACACCUGGACUUCCAGGCCAGACCAGACCCUGUUGACAUCAGCGUUCCAAGGGCGUACUUCUAAUUUAGAACAUUCCUCCACAACUACUCAUAUUUUCACUCCAGCAGAAACAUUCCCUGACAGCAAGACUAUCACUACCCCUGGCACUACUAUUCCUGCUGAGGCUGCUACAGACAGAUCUGCAACAGUCCUGUCCAAGUUGACAUCUCCAUGGUUUGCUAAUUUGUCCACAGUUUCUGAAACCAUAUCUGUAACCAAACGGCCUGAGUGUAAACUUACCACCUCACUACUAAAAACCACCCCUACAGCCACAGUAGCUGAACAUGAACCUCUUUCAACACCAAAAGAGACAAUUCUUCCACCAGUAGAUGUGAUAUCUACCCUCUCUGACGCUGAACUACAUUUGUCUACUGUGAGUGCUUCUGAUACCACACAAACAGAAACAAAUGGUACAGUUGCAUUUGGAGAGACAACAGCCCUGGCAUCAGAGUCUACACCAACACAAAUAUUCAACACUACUGUGACUAAGAAAGAAACAACUUCCCAUUCUCUCAAUGAGGAAUUGACUGUAGCAGCGACAGCUGAGGUGUUGCCAUCUGUGACAAUGAUGGACGCAACAGAUGAAUCUGCACAAGUGAGGGCAACUUCUGUCCCUGUUUCCUCCUUUCCUGAUAUAGAAAACUCAAGUACCUCAUCAGAUAAUGCAAUUUCUACGACCAAGGCAAGAGGAAGUUGGCUUUCCACAAAAGCAACGAAAACCACAUCCAAGAGUUUACACAAUGAAACUACAGAAACUUUUAGUUCCACACACACCUACACAGCACUUUGGACAUCAGAGACUCCACUUAAGGGAAAUUCAACUCCAUCUCCCAAUUAUGGGAGCACAGGAACAUUCCCUGUACCCCUGGAUGUUUCCACUGCAAUGAUAUCAGGGAACAGUUUUGCUACUAACCCUGCAAGCAGGACAGUUGUGUCCUUGUCUGCUGGUACCUUGCCUCCACAGCCCACAGCCACCCUUUACUCAACAACCCCUGGGCCUACAGCCUAUGUGUCCUCACUCCCAGUUAAUAACUCCACUCUAACUUCUGUGGGGGUAUCUAAGGAGACUAAGGUUACCAUGCCCGAGGCUUCUACACUGCCCAGGGCUUCCUUGACGUCUGUGCUCUCAGAGGUCUCAAUUCUGUCAUCAGCUACAGUGAAAGCAACCUCGGUGCCACCAUUGGGUCAGACUUCUUCCACAGCCAGCAAUGCCAUGCCAACAUCCAGAGACACAGGUCCCACCACUUCAGAGGUCACAGUGAUCUCUGUGAGGAUGACACCUACGGCACUUCCCUCCUUGACAGAAGCUCCAGUCCCUUCUCUGACACCUCCCACACCUGUGACAAUAAAGACUGAGAACACCCUUCUCUCCACCUCAGUUGACACAGUAACUCCAUCUAUACAUACUCCUGCUGGUACUAAAUGUCUCCCUGUCAACAAUCCUAUUGUCUCCUCUACUAAGUUGAUCUCGUAUGUGCCUACAUCAGUAGCAACCCAGUCCACAUCUCAAGCGGAGCAGACUUCUACCCAUGCUCUCAGUUUUCCAUAUACUUUCAAUGGCGGUGGAGAUGUUGUUAGCUUGGCCGUUGACACUACAGAAACUUCUGUUGAUGAGAACAUCACCUCACACAGCUCUGCCAACAAGCUUACUACUUCAGUGGAUAGUCAUAUUUCUCAAUCUUCCACACAUCUUGUCAGCCCACCAGUCCCCACCCUAUUAGUGACUGGUAUAUCUACCUUAUCUUCUGGCAAAGAACAGAGUGUUUCAUCCUUAGGAAAUACUCCUGAAACUAUGAAGGCGACAGAAGUAUCCCCAUCAAAGAAUCCAUUUAUUUCAAAUUCUCACAGUACUUUGCCCUCGGAAAUGACAGAUACCAGAUUUGUUGAAACCACAAAAAUUUCCAGUCACCAAAGUCAUGCACCUUCAGAGAUUCCACUUGUAACACCACCCAAUGUGGUAUCAGUCUCAUCUCCCACUUCUGGAAGUACACAGACUACACCAACCUUGACCUUGAGUCACACAUUAGAUGUUCAUAGUUCAGAAAUACCUACUAGUCUUGGGAAAACAGCUGUCCCUUCACAUGUUCUGACCAUCACUGCAUUUUCAUCUCCUGAUAAUGAAAGUGUGCGGACUCUUUCAGUAUACACUCCCAGGAUUGAGAACAUGGCAGUAAGCACCACCGCUAUGACUCACCCUGUCUCUUACCGCCAGGAUACUUCAUUUGUAGAUAUGUCUACUUCAAGAACAAAUGAAUUAUCAAAUCCUGUAAACAUCAGCCCAACUGUUUCACACUUGCUUUCACCUAGAACUCAACCUGAGGUGACUUCAAUUGCCCCUCCAAUUUCUGAAAACAUACAGACUUCCUCUGAGUCCCUCUCUCCUACAAUGGGACUAUCUAGUGUCAAUUUUACAAUGAUGUCUACUGAUAGAACCGCUACAGCACUUUCUGCACAAAAUGUACAUACAACACUUGCUGGGAAAAACUCUCUGACCACAUCCAUCCCUACCAACCAGGUGUCCUCAUUUCCAGUUAAUGUUACUGUCUUCACCUCCAGAAAAGUUUCUGACACUUCUACGAUAGAAAUGACUAAGUCUUCUAAAACAGCACACCCAGAUUUCUUGAAAAGUCCCUUUGUAACCACUUCUGGGUCUAUGUCUGAGAUGCCCUCAAUGCCAGUUAGUGACUCCUCUUUCUCACCUCCAUCUGACCCUUCCACAUCAGUUGGGUCAUUCUCUACUUCAUUGUCUUCAGUUGCCCCUAAGACUGCUAUGAAUAGCCAAACAUCCACAUUAGAUAUCAUACCUGGGAAAUACACUAGGCCAUCUUCAAAAAGCACAAUGAUUUCCUCUGCUUUCACUACUCCAGAAAUGAAAGAGGUGUCCUCCAGGAUCACACCUACAUCCUUUUCUUUUCCACCAGAGCCCUCUCUGAAAACCAUUCUGACCACUAUUGUGACUGGAACAUUGACUGCAAUUGUAGACACCACUGUCACUUCUCUACUCAGCGUCAGCAACACUGAAGCUAAUUCUUCCUUUCCAAGCAGCACAUUUUCACCAUUUCUAUCACCAACGCAACAAUCAUCACAAGGAGAUGAGGCUACAACUCUGGGCAUACAACCUGGGAUUACUAACAGCUCCCUAUCUACUGUAAAAAAUGGUGGAGUGACAGCUCUCCCAAGUCCUUAUUCCAGAACUGUUGCUCCUGAAAGUGCUCUUUCAUCUACUCUACCAAGUCAUCUUCAUACUUCCUCAAGUGCACAAGUUUUCCCAUCUUCGACUAGCUUCAAGAGUACUCGUGGACCCACAAGUGCAAAAGCCACUAUUUACUAUUCUUCAAAUACAGAAAAGAUGACUUCCUUGUCAGAAAAUACUUUGACAACUGAACUAACAAAAAGCUCUGCUUCUGUGAAUACCCCUGUUUCAUAUCCUCCAUGGACUCCAUCCAAUGCAACUCCAUCCUCUUUGACAUCAUCUCUUUCUUCCCCUCAUAGUACCAAAGCUGAGGGGAAGACUUUGCUUCCUCCUACAUCCCAAAUGGUGGAAUUGCCAGCUCUGGGAUUAAGAACAACAUCUAGUAAUACCCAGUCUCUGUUUAUGACUUAUUGGAACACACCCACAGCUAAAGAAAACCAAUUUCUGAUUUCUACCACUACUCAUAUGCCUACACUCAACAAGAUGGAAACAGAAACUUCAUAUCCUUUUCCUGAGUCUUUGACAAAAUUUACUGCCUCUCAGUCUAGUCUUGUAUCUGGAGACGUUAUGGAAAUGUCAUCAAUUUCCUCAUCAGGAAUUCUUCCUACCUUGGGAAUAUCCAAGAACCCUUCAUUAUCAAUGUCUUUAAGAUCUGUCCCUACUACUUUGACUGACAUUAAGCACACAUUUGAGGAGACUAACACAUCCGGAACUCUUGGAAUCACACUCCCAUCAAAUCCUUCUGCAUCUCUGACCUCAAAGACCGCUACUUCACCCUUACUAAACUGGAUCUUAUCUAGUCUUCCUACAGGUUCUCCUCUGGCAACUAAAUCCAAUACACCUCACAUUACAACUUCCUCUACAGUAGAGGUGUCCAAAUCCACAUUUCUGACUCCUGACAUGAUGUCCACACACCCGCUGACUAAUUUCAAAACACCACCUUUUGCUGUAAGCACCAUACUUACCAAAACCACUCCUACAUCUGCAGUGGGAGGCAUCACUACUGGCUUCCUAACUUCUCCCACCAUCUCUAUAAGAAUUACAGAUGACAAGUCUUCUGAGGCAUCUUCCAGAGCUACUGUGGCUAUCAACUCAAGGACAGUGUCUCAACCUCCAUCCUUUAGCAUAAUGAGUAAGUCACCUCCUACAACUGAUCACACCCCACCUAUUGGUUCCAUGCCUCUAACUAACCCUACAAUAACCUCUGCAUGGAGCAGAAUCCCAGUCGCAUCAGUAUCCCCUACUUUAGUUCUUUCUAAGCCGACACUGGACUCCCUUCUAAAUAUCACCACCACUACACCCCUGGCUACUGGAGUCUCAUUUCUACACAUAUCCACUGGAGUGACACAUCCUUCUACAGCAACUAUUUCUUCACUAGUUUCUUCCUCUCUUCCAACCUGGCUAAACCCCAGACCCUCUUUUCUAUCUACAGAAACAUUGACUUCACCUGUUGCAGCUGAAUCCACAGUUUCCUUCUACAAUAUUAAAAUGAGCUUCUCUGUCUUUGAUGAAGAGUCAAGUAUCCUUAUUACCAGUGUUGUAGAAGAAUUUGCAGAAAAUUGGUUGAAUUCUAUAUUUCAGGACAGUGAAUUUGCUCUUGCUAAUUUGGCUGUUCAAAUUAAAAGCAGGUGUGUUUGUCAGGUCAUCAUUAAGGCCAACUCUUCUUUACCAUCCACCGAAUUAAUUAGCAAGAUCAAAAGUAAAAUACAUGGCAACUUCACACAAGAUCAGCUGACAUUAUCAAUAAGGUCUGAACAUGUUGCAGUUGAAAAACUAGAGCCGGGAAAGUGCAAAGCCGAUGAAACAGCCUCUACAUUCAAAGGGACGUAUAAAUGGCUCUCAACCAACCCUACCGAGACCGCCCAAACCAGAUGCAUCAAAAAUGAGGCAAGAAAUGCUACGAGGCCCUGUUCAAUUAGUAUCACAAGUGGCAGAUCUCAGUGGGGAAAACCCAAAUAUAAAUGGUGCAAAUUGCUCCAAGAACUUCCUGAUAACAUUAUGGAUCUCACUAGUAUUACUAUAAAUGACGAGAACGCUGAAGAGGUCGCAGAGCACAUUUUAAAUUUGAUAAAUGAAUCCCCCCCUCUGGAUAAGAAUGAAAUAAAGAUUAUUGUUUCUAAAAUAUCUGAUAUUUCAUACUGUAAUGAGAUAAGUAUGAACCUAACCCAGACUAUAUUGCAAAUAAUUAACGCUGCUUUGGGCAAGCAGCACAGUUCUGCAUCUGAGCUGCAUGAAGUAAGCAAUGAAAUCCUGAGGAUAAUUGAGCGCGCAGGUCACAAGAUGGAGUUUCUUGGGAGGACCGCCAACCUGACGGUGGCCGGGGUAGCCUUGGCCGUGCUGCGGGUGGACCACACCUUUGAAGGCAUGGCUUUCAGCAUCCGCGCCUACGAAGAAGGCACAGACCCUGAGAUUUACCUAAGCGAUGUCCCUCUGGAGAGGGUUUUGGCAUCCAUAUACUUGCCCAAGUCACUGAGAAAGAAAAUUCCUCUUGACAACUUACAGACCAUCUUGUUCAAUUUCUUUGGUCAAACUUCACUCUUUAAGGUCAAAAAUGCUAUGAAAACAUUAACCACCUAUGUUGUGAGUGCCAGUGUUUCCAGUCUGUCUGUCCAAAACCUGGCCGACCCAGUGGUGGUGACUCUGCGACACAUUGGAGGGAACUGGAAUUAUGAUCAAGUUCACUGUGCCUUUUGGGAUUUUGGGAAUAACAAUGGGCAAGGUGGAUGGAAUUCAUCAGGCUGUAAAGUAAAGGAAACAAACGCGGAUCACACGGUCUGUCAGUGUGACCACCUCACCCACUUUGGGGUCUUAAUGGAUUUAUCUAGGUCUGCAAUGGAUGCAGUGAAUGAACGGAUACUAACGCUUGUAACAUACACCGGAUGCAGCAUCUCCUCCAUUUUCCUGGGAGUUGUGAUGGUGACAUACAUAGCUUUUCACAAACUUCGAAGAGAUCAUCCUUCCAAAAUCCUGAUCAACCUGUGCGCCGCACUGCUGAUGCUCAACCUGGUAUUUCUGGUCAAUUCUUGGUCGUCAUCAUUCCAGAAGGCAGGGCUCUGCAUCUCGGCCGCUGUUGUGCUUCACUACUCGCUGCUGGCGUCUUUGACUUGGAUGGGCCUGGAGGCGGUCCACAUGUAUUUUGCCCUCAUCAAAGUCUUCAACAUAUACAUCCCUCAUUAUAUGCUGAAAUUUUGCCUCGUUGGCUGGGGAGUGCCGGCGGCUGUGGUGGCAAUCAUACUCUCUGUGAGCAGAGAUGUGUACGGAAGUCUGGGCUCCACGACGCUGUUUUGUUGGAUUAAGGACGAUUCCACCUUUUACGUCUCCGUGGUGGCUUAUUUUUGCCUCAUAUUUCUCAUGAAUCUCUCCACGUUCUGUACUGUUCUUGCUCAGCUGAAUUCUGUGAAAUCCCCAAACCAGAAGACUCGGCAAAAGAUACUCCACGAUCUCAGAGGCACCAUGAGCCUCACAUUCUUACUUGGCCUCACCUGGGGCUUUGCUUUUUUUGCGUGGGGACCAGUGAGGAUCCUGUUCUCAUAUCUUUUUGCCAUUUCUAACACGUUACAAGGGUUCUUCAUUUUCGUGUUUCACUGCGUGAUGAAGGAGAGCGUGCGGGAGCAGUGGCAGCUACACCUCUAUUGCGGGUGGUUGCGACUAGAUAACUCUUCUGAUGGUAUUCGAAGAUGUGGGCAAAAUGUGGUGUAUGAGCAGGAGAGGCUGAAGAAAACCUUCCAGCACAAAUUGUUAACACAAUCACUCAGGUCAACAGCAAGUAGUUCUACCUUCAAAACCUUAGGCUCCGCCCAAGGCACACCUUCAGAAAUAAGCUUCCCGAAUGCUGACUUUGAUGAAGACCCCUAUUGCUUCUCUCCCUUGAGUUGUGAAGUUGUGCCUAACUCAUUCCAGAUUGUUGACCAACCCUCUGCCCUGUAA